AUUACGAGUCGCGCGAAAGAGAAAAAGCGAGUGACAGGAGAAUGUAUAUUCGUCGCUGACGCGGUGGAUGCUUGAUCAAUCUACAAUCAAGCCUCUUCUACAUGUAGCUAUGUGACAAGCAAGCAAGGCAAUCAUGUCUGGACGAGAAGACUGCCCCAUAACUCUUUCUGACUCGGAUGAUGAUGGUGCCGAUGUCGUCACCGACUCCAUCACCAUCACUCGCCAUGGUCGGUCUCCUUUUUCGAGCAAGCGUUCUUCCACCGUUGCUGCCAUCUUGAUAUCUCCAGGUUCCUCAGUAGUGUAUCCAGCUCAACAUGGCACCAAUGAUUCUAUGUUGAACCGAAGCAAAUCGUCACCCAUCACACAAGGUUCUGUAAAUCAGGUUUUUUCUCCGCAACGUACAACACAUCAUCAUCCACAAAACGUCCCACAGACACAUCAAUGUCCAAGUAAUGGUUUAUCUCCAAGGUUGCUUAAUCCGCCUUGUGAAACACAAAAAAGACUUUCAGUGGAAAGCAUGCAAAGAUUGUACGAGACACAAAUACCUUCAUCAGAUCAGGGCAUUCAGAAACGAAACAAAUAUGCAGCAGGACAGUACACCCAGAUGAUGAGGCAGACAAUGUUGCCUCCUGAAGAUGCUGGUGAUGGUGUUACUCACAAAGAAACCUCGUCUUCAGCUAUUGGUGAUGAAGAGCACCACACAAGACUUCUUGUACCACAAACUGUCAAUAAAAAGCUUUCUGAGGUUGUGGGAUAUAUUGUGGACCGAUCUUACAAGAAGCCUGGUGCAGGUGGUGAUGGAGCUGAUGAGGCAGGCAGGUUCAGGUUACUGAAUACAUUGUCUAGGGCCAGUACACCAGAUUCAGUGAUCAUUGAAUCAGUUGAAGAACCUGGUGUUGAUUCCAGCAAAAUUCCAGUAACAGCUCUCCGAGUAGCUGAAACUCUCCAAGGUCAAAUCAAAAGCCCUCUUGAGCCUGUGACUCCGGACAUUAAGAUUUUGGAAUCAUUUUCUCUCAGGGAUUGCCCCAAAACUUCAACUUGUGUUGUGGAAGUGGUAUCGGAAAGAGUUGCACCCUUUGAAGCAUUUGAAGCUGAUACACCUCCCAAACCUGAGCCAAGGAAGGCCAUUAUAUCUCCAUCUGUGAAAUUGAAUCCAAGAGUGAAACCUAAUUGUAAUACUAAUCUAUUGAGUGUUCUGUGCCAAAAAGCUUUCUAUCAGUGCUGUGUAGGUGAAUGUGAACAUAGUAGUGUCUGUCCGUCAGAAUUUGAGGAUCAUCUCCACAGCAUGCAUGCCAAGGCCGAGGGGUUCCUGUGUGUUCAUUGUGGAGAUAUUGCAACUUCGGCUCAGCUGCUCAUUAAGCAUCUGCAUCACCAUGCUGACCAGAACUCCAACUUCCACUGCAACUACUCCCACUGUAAGUUUGUUACUGGACAUCCGGACAGCUUCACCAGGCAUAUCUAUCACUAUCAUGAAAAGGAAGGCCCCCAUUUGUGUCUGCUCUGUGGGGAGCAGUUUCAGACUGCACUGGACAUGCUUAUCCAUAUGAAAGCAAAUUUUCUCAAUAUUGUUAAAUGCCCUCACUGCUCAGCCAAGGAUGUGACCAAAAGGAAUAUUGUCAGACACAUGAACGAGUUCCAUCCUGAUAAAGGGAAACUAGUGACUGUCUCCAGGCAAAUUGUGUGUCGGGAACGCUUAAGAAACAGUUGGCCAAUGUUGCGAAACAACGGCAGGGCUCAGAGUACAAAUAGAUCAGUUUGUUCGAGUUCAGUUACUCAGGAUAACAAUAGGUCUGUAGUGGAAGGUGACGAAAGAAGCGAGUCGUUUCAAAAGGUAGACUUGACUGAUGGAAUGAGUGAGGACGUGUCAAUAUUUCAGUCCCCUUCUGCUUGUAGGGAUGGGUAUGUUCCGAUUAUGUCCGUCAGGGAUUCUGAGAGUGGAAUUUCUGUUCAGAGGAUCAAGACUGAGGUCGAUUCGGAAGGACAUGAUCAACAUUGUGAUGAAAUGCCUGUGUUAGAGGCUUAUUCGGAAGGAAAUGAUCAACUUUGUGAUGAAAUGCCUGUAUUAGAUCGGACUAGAUGUGCCACAAGUCUGUCUGACCUUGACACUGCGCCAAGAGGUGCAAAUUUGUCUUAUGUUAAAUCAGAGUUAGAGGAAAUGGACUGUGAUGGUGCUGUAACAGAGGAACAUUUAGAGAAAGAUGACAUAGAUUCAGAUCAUCCUGUUUCAAAAAGGAACAGUCCAGUGGAGAAGGAUUCUACAACUUUUAAAAGCAAAAUUGAGAGUGGAACUGAAAGGGAUGAAACGGUCCAGAAGAGUGAAAGAUUUGUGUCACCAUCUUCAGCCUCAAAGAAAGACAAAUCCCUUCAGAGAGUCAAUGCGUGUAGCAAGUGUGACUUCUAUACAACAUCUGUGGGUCAGAUUUACAAGCAUAUUCGUGAAGUCCACAAGAUCGAAGACAUGUUCCAGUGCUCGGAGUGCCAUGGCUAUCUGUGUCAGGAUGACGUCAUCAGACAUCAUGUCAAGUAUCAUCCUGAUGCUGAUGAGAACUACAUCCCUAGCGCCCUCCGCCAUGGAUUCAACAUCAGAUACAUGAAGAAGUCUGUGUACAAAAGUCCUUCAGUUCAAUUUGAGAUUGGAGAUGAUACUUCUACAUCCAUAGACCCCGUGGAAGAUGUGACCAGCAAUCUUAUGGCAAGAUUAAGUGAAGCUAAGGAAGGGGACAAAUUGAAACUGACAUCAUUUGAGUCUCGGAUUCUGAAUAAGAUUAUAAACGAAAGAAAAAUGACCACAUCCAUUGUGAGUGGUUGCCAGAAGCCUAGUGUCUCCCUAGUUAGUGUCAGCAAAGAGGUUGGGGCUCCUGUGGUAAAGCCUAAGAUCCACCGCUCAAGAAAGAGGCGCCGUCUGACAAUGCCAAAUAAAGGUAAAAGGAAAAGGCAGCGCUUGGAGACACAAGAAAUGUCCCAGGAGGGGACAAAACAUGACAGGUGUCAAGAAGAAAUGGAAAGUUUUUCUGGGGAAGCAGAUAUGGUCCAGCAAGAGAUGUCGGAGGAUGAUUAUCAACCUGAUGAUUAUACACUUGAAGAGUUUGAUGGUGUUCAACAAGGUCCUGAGGAUCAAACAGAAAGAAGGUUACCACGGGAAGUAAAUGCUGAGUGCCCUCCUUCAUGUAAUGAUGAACAGGCAUCACCUGGUAGAACUUCAUCUGCAGUGCAUGAAGUGUCUCUGAGGAUCCCCAUAUCUCCUGCUCUAUUGUCUCCUAAAAAAUACCAAUCUCCAUUGGAACCCUCGCACCAAAGAAACCAAUCUCCUCUGAGAGGACCAUCCUUGAAAUACCAAUCUCCAGUGAAAGGACCUUCCCCCAUAAAGUACCAAUCUCCAGUGAAAGGACCUUCCCCCAUAAAGUACCAAUCUCCCGUGAAAGGACCUUCCCCCAUAAAGUACCAAUCUCCAGUGAAAGGACCUUCCCCCAUAAAGUACCAAUCUCCAGUGAAAGGACCUUCCCCCAUAAAGUACCAAUCUCCCAAGAAGGAAAAUCUCUUUUCCUUUGGAGAAAUGAAUGUGGAAAUGGAUCCGUCUCCAACAAGUCACCAGACUCCGAAAAAAGAACAGGCACCUGUUGAUGAGAAAUCUCCUGUUGGGACUCCAUUGCCAAUGAAACAUCCGUCUCCCAUCAAAGUACAAGGAGAGGGCACAGGGCCAAAUCUCACCUUCUCUCAAGUGGACUUUGAUGAUCCUUCGUAUGAGUUCCGAUGUAAAUACUGCACCUACAGAAGAGGUUCUUUAGAGAAGUUUCUCCAUCAUACCUACUAUCACUUUCACUAUAGGCCAUACGCUUGUGGCUUUUGUGAUUUCAAAGCGUUUUCACAUAACCGUGUACUGACACACAUCAAGUUAGACCAUCCAAAGAAAGCCAGCAAACCUGUCGUCAAGAGGGUUGAGAAUGAAAAAAUGGAGGCAAGGUGUCAAAAGACCGCAAUGAUUUGUUUCAUCCCAAAACAUGUUGAGGAUGUCAGUUUGAGGCGACGUGUCAUGAUGAAGAAAGAAAGACAAUUACAGAAAAAGAAAAUUAAGUUAGAGAACAGGGAGGACAAAGUGAAGACAUCAAAUUUGCAAUCAGAUAAACUAGCAAAGACUGUGAAGACGGCAAAGACUGCGAAGACGGCAAAGACUGCAAAGACCAAGUUGAAAACAAUCAAAAAUAGUUCUGUGAAGUCGACGAACAAAGCUGAAAAUGAAGGAUCCUACUUGUGUCCAUACUGUCGAACAAACAGAUCCUUAAUGGUAUGGACGAAGCUUGUGAUAGAGAUAUGCUACCAUAUUCAUUACAAGCCCCUGAAUUGUAGCUACUGUGAGGACCUGCAGUCCGCAUCAAUGUACUGUGUGCAGAAACACAUAGAGAAGGUUCAUCCUGGGAAGGAAGUCAUAGCCAGGGAGGAAAAAGAUCCACAUAAAGAAAAAAGACUGAAGUUACUUUUACAGAGGUCGAUAGACCUGUCCCAGAAAUACAGACAAGAACUGAAGAGAAAAGACCUCAGUGGGAAAGCUAAGAAAGUGAAGAAGAAGCAUGCUGGUGUUAAAGGAGCAUUGCAUCCUGCUGGAGAUGGUUGUCAGGGUCAACCUCUGUCAGCUUCUGACGUAACCGUGGGAAACAACUCUUCGAACACCAAUCUACAGACAGACGGGAACUCAACAGCUGUUGGCAGCACAUCUAUAGCUCCAUCAUCCCAAACUAUCAAGACUGGGAAAAACUGUGUAAGCCCUAAAGACGUGGGGUCCAAGAAAGUUCCUUCUUCUGAAGACCUUUGUGACACGAAAUCUGAUUCUCCCAAGGACCUGCCUGCUUCUCCUGAGGACAUGACCGUCAAGAAGUCCCAUGAGUUGUUCAAGGAGACGCGGGAUGAUUAUGGAGAAGUGCUAUAUGAGUGCUUAAAAUGUGAUUACACCAUACGAAACCUGAAGUCAAUGUAUACCCAUUCGUACAAGCAUCAACCCAAGAUCUUCAAGUGUUAUUACUGUGAUCUUACUGCCUACCCAAGGUCUACCAUAGUUUGGCAUCAGAAACAACAUCACUUCCGUUUGAAGCCCAAAGUGAUUAAUCUUGCUUAGGAACAAAGUCUGGAGAUAGAGAACAAGAGGAAGGAAAUAGCACUACUCUGUGUUAAAGAGGAAUAGCCCUUGUGAUCCAAACCUGUUAUAAUAGCUGAAAUGUACAAACUGACACGUGUUCAAAUAUAUGUUGCUGCAACUGUCAAAGGGAACUCGUUUGUCCUGUAGGAGUCAAAGGGGUUGGUUGUACAGUCCACACUCUGGUUCCAAUAUUCAGUUUAGGUAUAGGGAUGGUCGGGUAGCCUAGUGGUGAAAGUGUUGGCUUGUCACGCCGAAGACCCGGGUUCGAUUCCCCACAUGUGUACAAUGUGUGAAACGCAUUUUCUGGUGUCCCCCGCCGUGAUAUUGCUGGAAUAUUGCUAAAAGCUCAGUUUAGGUGUUCAUGGUCUGAGGCCAAGAAAAAGGGAAAAAAAGGUCUUUAGGGUAUAUGUAAUAUAGGACCAACUGAUAUGGGUCAGUAGGUAGUGAUUUUUGGUGUUUUUUUGUAAUGUUUGACAAAGAUGGCUUGCUUAGAACUCAUGUUAGUUGUGAUAUUUCUCGGAUCUGUAGGUCAUAAUGGCUACAGCAAUGAUAACAGGCAGAAUUUCAGGUUACAGGCAAACUGUUUAGUGAUUUGAAU